AUGAGGACGCAUUCGUUGAGCUCGAGCUACCAAUUGUAUUAUUUGGCGACCAAUCUAUUUGGUAGGGAGACGAAAUGUGGCUUGGCCACAGACGAUGACGUGGAAGCCUUGUUGGCAACUGCCGACUAUCCCAUGGUGUACGUUGAGCACUACAACGGUCCGAUUGAAGAAGAAGCCUACAUCCCUACUUUUGAUUUUGCUGAACCUUCGGGACACGUAGAUGAAGCACAAUGCAGUCAGUAUGAGACGCCGUAUUAUCAUCAUACGUCGUUUCAUGGUGUCCAGAGCUCGCCUCCACGACAAUAUUUUACAUGGGAUGGACAACCGCUAGACGAAUCUGCAUGGAAUCAAACCGAAAGGCUUAAUGAAGUAUGUGGGAGAUUGAACAAUGUGCGGACAGAUGAUGAACCUGAGCACGAAGCUGAAGGCUCGGUUGCAUCAGGAGACGAUGAUGAUUCUGAGGAAGAUGACGAAGAAUUUGACCCUGCGCUCGAGGUGGGCACUGCUUCUGAUGCCUCUGAGGAUUUAUUAGACGACGAUCUAAUCGAUUUCACGGAGACCGAGCGAGCAGUGGACACCUCGGCUUCGCUGGUUGCUCGCGAGAGUGACCCUUCUAGAGUUGAUGAUCUGCAGAAGAAUUCUUUUUACAACAGCAAAGACGACCUGAUCAUUGCUGUUGGUUUGUGGAACAUGAAGCGAGGCAUUGAGACAAAAGUUGUCCGCUCAGAUCCGGGACGAGUCUAUUUCUCGUGCAAGCACUCUGACAACUGCAAUUUCGAUCUUCGUGCGUCUAGUCACGGGCGAGGGAUGUGGAGAGUGCAUAAGUUGAAAGAGCAUUCAUGCGAAGGGGACUUGCACACAGCUAAAAAAAUCAAGGCGCACUCGAAGGUGGUUGCAGCGUUUGUGGCAAACAGAAUACGCGAUGAUGGAGAGGUCAUUAAGCCGAAAUCCAUCAUGGCUGAGUUAGUACGCGAUUUCGGCAUCAAAAUCAAAUAUGAUGUCGCGCUGCGUGCAAGAAAUCUCGGGAUGGAGAUGAUAUACGGUCGAGUUGAUGAUUCGUUCCUCCUGCUCCCAAGAUAUCUGUAUGCCCUGAAGGAAGCUAAUCCUGACACCUUAUAUGGUUUGGAAGUAGACAUAGACUGCCGGUUCAAACAUUUGUUUGUUGCUCUUGCGGCUUCCAUCUCACCUUUCUACUUUCACCUUCGACCAGUGAUUGUGGUUGACGGCACACACCUGAAGGGAAAAAAUAGUGGCAUUUUGUUUGUCACCGUGACAAAAGACGGAAACGAGGCAGUUUUUCCCUUGGCGAUCGGUGUCGGUCCGAUCGAGAAUGAUGAGUCGUGGAAGUGGUUUAUGUCACAUCUGAGAGGUGCUUGCGGCGAGCCCGAUAACUUACUUAUUAUCAAGGGUUACGGGCCCGGUGUUGCUGAGCUUUUCCGCCAAGCUGCAUACGCCUACGAGCAAUCAGAUUACACGCGUGCACCAAAGGCGUACGAGAAGUUGUUGCGCGUGGGACCUUUCCUUACAUCCAAUGCCGCCGAGAGUUUUAAUGCACGUUUGCUGUGGGCCAGGCGUCUUCCAAUCUGCUCGAUGUUGGAGGCAGUCAGAUUAGUUAUCGAGCAGUGGUUCAACGACAGGCUUGCGGCCGCACAAGAGAGCGAUGAAAAUCUGACUCCGGAGGCAAAACAGAAGCUCAGUGCAGAACUUGUAAAAAGUCGUCGUUACACAGCCAAGAGGACCACCGAGAGAAAAUACAGGGUUCGUGCUAGUGGUCGCCAUUAUAUGGUUGACCUUCAAAAGCAGAGCUGUGAUGCAACGAAUUCGACCUGGACCAGAUGCCGUGUUCUCAUGCGAUUGCAGCCAUUACUGAGGCGAACGAGUCAGUGGAGGAUUACGUGCACUCUUACUACUGGAACAGUUCACUAG